GCUGCCCUCCUGCCCCUGGGAAGGCUCCGCAGCAGGACACCCGGGCCUCAGUCUCCCCCCUUUGUCAAGAGGCUGGGCAGCUGGGCUGGGGGCCUACUGCUGGCCUGUCCCUCCCUCCAGCACAGGUUUGCCCUAAAUGCGCGGUUUGCUGCAGAGGCCGUUUUCUGAAUGAAGAAGCGGAGACCGAGGCAGGUUCUCUCAGUCACCGGCUUCUGAGACGGAACUUGAACCCAGACCUUUGGGAUUCCUGCUCCCCGCCCAUCAUCUGGGGGGCUUCAGCCGAAACAAAGGGAGGAAGGGGGAGACAGAGGGUGCUGCGCACCAGAGGAGCUUCCCAGACUUGGGUCGGGCUCAGGCUGGCAAAGGGAAAGGGCGGGGGGCCCUCCAAGGCCUCGCGUCCCGGCCGGGGAGCGCGGCAGCAGCAAUCGGCAGCCACGCAAGGGCUGCGGGCGAACCGAACACGAUCGGCCCCCCGUGGCCAAAGCGGCCGGCCUCCGGAGGGGGAGACUGGGCGGCCCGACCCCACGUGCGAUUUCUGGCCAGCCACCGGGCUUCUCGGGUGGGGCUGUUUACCCCCACCAGGAAUCUCCUCCAAUUGGCCGCUGUCAAAGGCCGCCCCUGCACAGACCAAUGAGCGCGCGCGAUCCUCUCGGCCCGGUUCCCUCGGGGCGCCCCUCCCGCCCCGGAAAGGAGCUUCUGGAGCUGAUUGGUGAGGGGGCGUUGCAGGCCCUCCUCUCGGUGGGCCGGCCCGAGGCUCCGGCACCGCACAAAAGCUCCGGACCCUCCGGGACUGCCAGAGGCAGGCGGAGCACCCCUGGGCUCUGGCUGGCGACAACUUGAACUCAGCGCCCCUCCGAGCGGAGCUUAAACUGCAGCAGCUGCGGGAAGCGGGAGCCUGACCCGCCACCUUCCCCCUCUCAGGUCUACCGAGGCGGCCCCGUCCGCGCGGGUCGGAGCCAGCUGCCCACGACCCCGGAGUCCCGCCCUGACAAUGCGCGCCGCGCGCAUCGUGCUCCGAGGAGCCUCCGGCUCCUCAGCCGCCGCGGCUCCGGCCCCGCGCGCCGUGGAGCGCUUCUCGCGCUACAGCCCGUCCCCUCUGUCCAUGAAGCAGCUGCUGGAUUUCGGCUCCGAGAACGCUUGCGAGCGGACCUCCUUCGCCUUCCUGCGACAGGAGCUGCCGGUGCGGCUGGCCAACAUCCUGAAGGAAAUCGACAUCCUCCCGGAUCGGCUGGUGAAGACGGCCUCGGUGCAGCUCGUGAAGAGCUGGUACAUCCAGAGCCUCAUGGAUUUGGUGGAAUUCCACGAGAAGAGCCCCGACGACCACAAGGCUCUGUCCGACUUCGUAGACGCGCUGAUCAAGGUCCGGAACCGCCACCACGACGUGGUCCCCACCAUGGCCCAGGGCAUCCUGGAGUACAAGGACUCGGGCGCGGCGGACGCCGGGAGCAGCCAGAACCUCCAGUACUUCCUGGACAGGUUCUACAUGAACCGCAUCUCCACGCGGAUGCUCAUGAACCAGCACAUUCUCAUCUUCGGGGAGUCCAAGAGCGGCAACCCGAGCCACAUCGGCAGCAUCGAUCCCCACUGCGAUGUGGUCGCCGUGGUCCAAGAUGCCUACGAGAGCGCCCGCCUGCUGUGCGACCAGUAUUACCUGGUGUCCCCCGAGCUGAAGCUGGCCCAGGUGAACGGGAAGCUCCCCGGGCAGCCCAUCCACAUCGUCUACGUGCCCUCGCACCUUCACCACAUGCUGUUCGAGCUCUUUAAGAAUGCCAUGAGGGCCACAGUGGAGCACCAGGAGAGCCAGCCGGCCCUCACGCCCAUUGACGUGACGGUCGUCCUGGGGAACGAAGACCUGACGAUCAAGAUUUCAGACCGAGGGGGCGGGGUUCCGCUGCGAAUCAUCGACCGCCUCUUCAGCUACACCUACAGCACGGCGCCGACGCCGGUGAUGGACAAUUCCAGGAACGCUCCCCUGGCCGGAUUCGGGUACGGCUUGCCAAUUUCCCGGCUCUACGCCAAAUACUUCCAAGGGGACCUGAAUCUCUACUCGCUGUCCGGAUACGGGACGGACGCCAUCAUCUACCUGAAGGCGCUGUCCUCCGAGUCGGUGGAGAAGCUCCCGGUGUUCAACAAGUCGGCCUUCAAACACUACCAAACGAGCCUGGCAGCGGACGACUGGUGUGCCCCGAGCAAAGAGCCCAGGAACCUCUCCAAGGAGAAGGCGGAGGCGGCGCCCUGAGGGGGCGGGGUGACAAGAACCGACCCCAAGGCAGAGGGGAGGGGGGUUUGUGUGUGUGCGCCUGCGCUCUCCAGCGAGUCUCCGGAGGAGGCCCUGCCAGCCCCUGCCAGCCCCAAGGAGAAGGGGGCCAGCCAAGGCCGGCCGGCCCGAGUACCCGUGUGGCCGAGGAGGCUCGGGCGGAGACUCCUCGUGGGCUUUGGAAAGAGACCGGAAGUGGGGGGCACGCGCGGACUGUUGUUGGGGCGUCGCGGUUGUCCGGUCCUGGAAGCUGGCUAGAAGGAGGAGUGGCCAGAGUUCUCGAUGAGGGAGGCCCCUGCGGCCCGGGACAGACAGCGGGCCUAGCGGUGGCCUGAGGGCAGCAGUUUGGUGCCGAGUCUUUAUGGCUGCAGAAGGGCCCGAAACCUGUUUCCCAUCGAGCUGGCUUGUAGAGGCUCCCCUCAGGAAGGGUGCUAAGCUGGGGGGUCACUCAGGAGCUCCCCAGAGCAGGGGCUGAGGGUGGAGGCCCAGGCUGUGGUUGUGACCCCGCGGGAGCUCCGGAGGACAAUAUGGCGCCGGGGUAAAGCUGCUGCUGUGUGAAGCGACACUUUUGAUAAUAAAGGUUUUUACUGUGA